AUGGUGAAUUUUACAAUCGAAGAAAUUCGUGAAUUGAUGAAUCGUACCACCAAUGUACGUAACAUGUCUGUAAUUGCUCAUGUGGACCAUGGAAAAUCUACUUUGACCGAUUCUUUAGUUUCCAAGGCUGGUAUUAUCUCUGCUGGUCGUGCUGGUGAUAUGCGUUUUACUGAUACACGUCAAGAUGAACAAGAUCGUGGUAUUACCAUCAAGUCAACUGCCAUUUCUAUGUAUUUUGCUUUGGAAACCCCAGAUGAUAUCAAGGAAAUCAAGAAUCAGAAAACGAAUGGUCAUUCCUUUUUGAUCAAUUUGAUUGAUUCUCCUGGUCACGUUGAUUUCUCUUCUGAAGUCACUGCUGCUCUUCGUGUCACUGAUGGUGCCCUUGUUGUGGUGGAUUGUAUUGAAGGUGUUUGUGUACAAACCGAAACUGUCUUGCGUCAAGCUUUAACUGAACGUAUAAAGCCUAUUUUGGUCAUCAACAAGAUGGAUCGUGCCUUAUUGGAACUUCAACUUGGCAAAGAAGAAUUAUAUAAUACUUUUUCUCGUACUAUUGAAUCCGUUAAUGUCAUUAUAUCUACCUAUUUGGAUGAUGCUCUUGGUGAUGUUCAAGUUUAUCCUGAUCGUGGUACUGUUGCCUUUGCCUCUGGUUUACAUGGUUGGGGUUUCACUCUUCGUCAAUUUGCUGUACGAUAUUCACAAAAGUUUGGUGUUGACAGAGAACGUAUGAUGGGCAAACUUUGGGGUGAAAACUACUUCAAUCCAAAAACCAAGAAAUGGACCAGCCACAGUACGGAUGCAGAUGGAAAUUCCCUAGAACGUGCCUUCAACAUGUUUGUUCUGGAUCCUAUUUACAAGAUUUUCGAUAGUGUGAUGAACUUCAAGAAAGAACAAACUGAAACUCUUUUAUCAAAAUUGAAUGUUGUCCUUAGGCCCGAAGAAAAGGAUUUGGAAGGAAAACCUUUACUCAAGGUCGUCAUGCGAAAAUUCUUACCUUGUGGUGAUGCCCUUUUGGAAAUGAUUUGUAUUCAUCUACCUUCCCCAGUGACUGCUCAAGCUUACCGUGUACCCAAUUUGUAUGAAGGUCCUCAUGAUGAUGAAUGUGCUGUUGGUAUUCGUCAAUGUGAUCCAAAUGGUCCUUUGAUGUUAUACGUUUCCAAGAUGGUGCCUACCUCUGACAAAGGUCGUUUCUAUGCGUUUGGUCGUGUAUUCUCUGGUACUGUUCGUGCUGGUCUCAAGGUACGCAUCAUGGGUCCUAAUUAUCAACCUGGUGGCAAGACCGAUUUGGCUAUCAAGUCUAUCCAACGUACUGUUUUGAUGAUGGGUCGUUACAUUGAAGCCAUCGAUGACUGUCCAGCUGGUAAUAUUGUUGGUCUCGUUGGUGUGGAUCAAUUCUUAGUGAAAUCUGGUACUAUCAGUACGUCUGAAGUUGCACACAACAUGAAGGUUAUGAAGUUCUCUGUCUCUCCUGUAGUGCAAGUGGCGGUGGAUGUCAAGAACGCCAACGACCUGCCUAAAUUAGUAGAAGGUUUGAAACGCUUGGCAAAAUCUGAUCCUUGUGUAUUGACAUUUACCAAUGACUCUGGUGAACAUAUCGUGGCUGGUGCUGGUGAAUUACAUUUAGAAAUCUGUCUCAAGGAUUUGGAAGAAGAUCAUGCUCAAGUAGAACUGAAAAAAGGUGAUCCUGUGGUUCAAUACCGUGAAACUGUUACUAGUGAAUCCUCCAUUACAUGUCUAUCCAAAUCUCCUAACAAACACAAUCGUAUCUUUAUGCGUGCUGCUCCUUUGGAUGAAGAACUAUCUUUGGCUAUUGAAAAAGGUGAAAUUGGUCCUCGUGAUGAUUUCAAGACUCGUGCUCGUGAAAUGGCCGAUAAGCAUGGUUGGGAUGUCAAUGAAGCACGAAAAGUCUGGUGUUUUGGUCCUGAAGCAAUGGGUGCAAACUUGUUGGUGGAUACUACCAAGGCUGUCCAAUACCUAAAUGAAAUCAAGGAUUCAUGUGUUGCUGCAUUCCAAUGGGCUACCAAGGAAGGACCUUUGGCUGAAGAAAGUUUACGUGGAUGUAGAUUCAACAUUUUGGACGUUGCUUUACAUGCGGAUGCCAUUCAUCGAGGUGGUGGUCAAAUCAUUCCUACUUGUCGUCGUGUGAUCUAUGCCUCUGUACUAACAGCUAACCCUGGUAUUCAAGAACCUGUAUACCUUGUGGAAGUGCAAUGUCCUGAAACAGCCAUUGGUGGUGUCUAUAGUGUGAUGAAUCGCCGUCGUGGUGUGGUGAUAAAUGAAGAACAACGUGUUGGUACUCCUAUAAUGAACAUCAAAGCCCAUCUUCCUAUCAAUGAAUCGUUUGGUUUUACUACUGAUCUUCGUGCUGCUACUGCUGGUCAAGCCUUCCCUCAAGCCGUGUUUGAUCAUUGGCAAGAAAUGACUGGUGAUCCUAUGGAACCUGGAAACAAAGUGUCUGACAUCAUCGCUGCCGUACGUAAGAGAAAGGGUUUGGCUGAAAGCAUUCCUUCUUUGGACAAAUACUAUGACAAGUUAUAA